GAACACCCCAACUGCCUCGGAGAGGGCCCCUUCGUUUUUCACCUUCUAACUUUUCAGUUUAUAUUAAUAUCUCACAUCAGUACGAACAAAAGUUAAAUUGCUGAAUGUUUUGAUGCGUAAACACAGUAAGACAGCUGUAAACAUCCAGUGAAACAAAGUUUUGUUAUUUCAGUUUGUCAAGUCCUUUGCUGAAACUUCACUUUACUCUCUGCCCACUUCCUGUAGUACAGGAACCCAAUGACGUUUCCAGAAAAGACCCUUAAGAUUACAUCACGGGGAGGAGCGCAAUUUCUAUACUGCCUUUUGACAUCAUGAAGACGGAAGGAAUUGUCUAAUUUUAUUAAAGUCUACUUCAGUUUACGGUGUCUCAGCAAAUCACGUGUGUAAGGCGUGUCUGUCGUUUUUAUUUUCCAUGGAUUUUCUUAUACGUUUUAUGCGUACGAAAAUGUGCUCCUAUUAUUAUCAUUAUCAUCGUCAGUAAUGAAACUUAAAGCAAUCCAUUCUUUAACCAAAAUAAAGUAAUUUAAUUAAAAUUAACUUAACAUUAAGGCUGUCCUACUACUUAAAGAUUUUAGCUUGUUGACAUAGGACGUUCACAGCCACGCGAUGAUGCCAUUCUCCAAUGAGAUAGCGCGGCGCUUUAGUUUGAACACGAAUGCGAGGCUAAGUGGGCAGUUGAGAAUUAUUUUAUUUGUGAAGUUCGUAGUGGUUUCUUGACAGGUUAAUUGUGUGCUGUAUAGCCAACAAAUAUUCAAUGUCCCAUAAGCAGAUUUAUUAUUCUGAUAAAUACGAUGAUGACGAGUUUGAAUAUCGUCACGUGAUGCUUCCUAAAGACAUAGCAAAAUUGGUCCCAAGAAAUCAUCUAAUGUCGGAGACUGAGUGGCGGAAUCUUGGUGUGCAGCAGAGUCAAGGAUGGGUGCAUUAUAUGAUUCAUGAACCAGAGCCACACAUCUUGCUAUUCAGAAGACCUCUGCCAAGCAAGGCUAAAGUGAAAUGAAGAUUACUGCAUCUUUUGUCAAGUUGUGUAUAGACAUCUAAUGCAUCAUUGUGCUGGUUUGCAGCUUUGAAACCUCUAUUUCUUUAUGUAACUUAAACAGUUGCACUAUGGAAUAUUAGCUACUAUGUUUAGGACAUGAAAUCAUAGAAACUCCAUAUGGUUUCAGCAAGUAUAACUGAAAUUACCACUGGAAGAGACAAAUCAGUCUGUCUAAGGUGUUUAACUGAUUGAUUGUUUUCUUAUUCAUGGACACUACUUUGAUAUGAUUUUGGAUAAUCUUUUCUGUUCCCAUCCCAAUGUAUAUUAAAGUGUUUUUCCCACCUUUCACCCUGCACACUGAAGGGUUUCCCACCUCUCACCCUGCACACUGAAGGGUUAACCUGUACAAAUUUCAUUCUUAAUUUUUUUAUGCUAGCAAUUGACCCAUUAUUGUCUGUGCUUCAGAUGUUUUUCAAAUUUUUAGGCAUCUAAUUUUAAGUCCUGUUUGGCUUUUGCUGCUGCUCUAAAAUUGUAGAUAUGAUUUUACCAAAUUAAAAUCAAGAUGGUGCAUGCUAUAUAUGUACUGCAGGUGCGUAUUACUAUACUGGUAAAACUAUAUUUUAGUGAGUUUUUAUUUGAUUGCUGCCAUUUCUGCCUCCUUGAGUACAGCGCAUAACUCUCCUUUAAGCAUUAGUUGCACCUUCCCCCACAUAAAAUUUAAAAAAUUCAGUAUAUAUUUAGAUGUUGGGACCGUAGCUGAGAUUGCUACACAAGUAUAGGUUUACGGCAGAAUGUUAUGAUGGUCAGAGCUUCUCCUUCCAUCUUUGAGGUGGGAGGCAUUCUUGUGACUAUACUACCUUGUCUUUCCACAGUAUUUCACAAGUCUCUUGUACUACAUUGGCAAUUUGGUAUCCAAAUUGCUUGGCACUGGAUGCCUAAGUGGAGGUAUCAUCUUCUUCCUGCCUCUUCCCUGGAGAAAUGUUUUAACAUUUUUACCUUUCGCCCACAAAACAGUUGCUCGCAUGCAAUGUUACUUACCAAAUACCUAUCACUGGUAUUCCAGCUCCUUUUUGGCUAUAGAAGGCUUUAAUUAGCAUGUCCACAUUUUCCUUAGUUGCUUUGAAGAUAAAAAUGUAUAACUUUCCAGCAUAUGUUUUGAUUGGCUUUUGUUCAGGGGAUACAUACAUUUUCUACAAGAUCAGCUCCAGUAACACCUUACAGUCUUCUUGGCAGUUUCUGACCCCUCCCCCCACCCCAACACGCACGGCUAACAAGGCUUUGUAAGCACCAGUAGUUAAGAGUGCAAAUAUUUGUAUAAAGACUUAUUUAAAAUUGUGACACCUUAACCGCCCGGACAAAUUGCCCUGCUUCAGGGGCAGCCUGGAAGCACUGUGUUAAGUUACUUGCUCAGUUGUACAUAGGCUGAUGAAGAUGUAAGGAAUCACUCUCCUCUGCAUAGGAAGCAGCUCAUUAACACCUCAGAGCUAUAGCCCUCUGUGCUAACUGCAGAGUAGUAGUGCUUCACAUGCUGUAGCACUGAAGCUGAGGUGUUGUUCAUCUGAUAUAUAUGUAAUACUUUUCCCCUUGAGCUGAGUUUUAGGUUUCACUAAUUACUAAAGGGCAUUGUGCACAUGGAAACAUUUUAGGCGGUAUUUUCUCCAUUGUAACUAUUUUUAAUGUUAAUCAAAAUUAAUAUCAUGCCUGUUUGUAACUGCAAAUAUAUAAUCUUGUCAGCUUGCUUAGAACAUACAUAACAUUUCAGGUUAACUGGCGACCAUUUUCUAAACUGUUUUACGUCCAUAGUAACUCAUUGUUUUAUUUCCCUGGCUAUAGUGAGGUAUUUCCAGCACUUAAUGUAAUAUAUUUAUAUUCUAAAUGUAUUUAUGCAGCAUACUUCUUGAUUAAAUGUUGUAAUUUUUGUACUAUAGUUUGAGGCAUUGAAUCCUGGGCCCUAAACAGUUUUGUAUUGGGGUGGAGGUGGCUUGCUUUGACUUUAGUUUGUGUCUAUAGAUCUGUAAACUGUUCAGAUAUCCUUUUUUUUCUAUGUACUGUAACAUUUUACCUGCUUUACUGUAGUCUGUAAACUCUGUGCAAGCCUUUUGUCUGUGUUGUACUCCUGUCUGAAAUAUUUUCCACAGAACAUCAAAUAAAUUUUAUUUAUGACUAA